UGGCAUCCGCUUUAAACUUUAAUUUUUAAUAUUUUGAAACUUAUAAUCCAAUAGUAUUUAAAUGCUAGCGAUUUAAAAGUUAAUUAUAUUACAAAAAAUCUAUUCAAAAUACUAAAACUAAUUGAAAAAGUUAUUCUCAAGUAUAUGUCACAUUCAUAAAUCAUAAUGGACAAAAAAAUCAAGUUUGAGGGGUCGUUUGGCGGUGCGAAAUACGGAGUAUGGAAGUGAUUCUUUCCUCCUCAAUAACACCCCUCUCCAAAAUCCCAAGAUUUACAGCAAAAUCUUCCAAACCCCAUUUCCAAUUCGCCAUCUCCAAUUCUUCAGGACCUUCCAAAUUCCACCCAUCGUUCUCUUCAACAAAUCUCUGUUAUAGUUUCAGAGCAAUUCCCACCACAGCCUCAAAUAAGCCCUUUGAUUGUGCAGCUUCAGUUAAUAAUGGCCACCAUCACUGGAUUGUGCUCAUGGAACCUCCCAAACAGGGCCUAACUUCCAAGCCUCAGAUCAUUGAUUACUAUGUCAAAACCCUAGAGAGAGUCUUGGGCAGUGAGAAGGAUGCUCAAAGGUGCUUGUAUCAUGUACAUUGGGAAACUGGAUAUGCGUUUUGUUGUGAAAUAGAUGAAGAAUGUGCUCAUGAAUUAGCUGGAUUGCCAGGAGUUUUGUCUGUCCACCCUGAUCACAAGUUUGAGUCACAGGAUAAAGAUUAUGAAGAAGGUUUAAGAUCAAAGCAUACUGACGAUGCACGAGAUUUGUCAACAUCAAAUGUUCAAACCAAGAAGCUUUUUGUGACCGGCCUAUCCUUCUAUACGUCCGAGAAAACAUUGCGUGCAGCGUUUGAAAGCUAUGGGGAACUUGUUGGAGUGAAAAUAAUAAUGGACAAGAUUUCCAAGAGGUCAAAAGGAUAUGGUUUUGUAGAGUACACCACAGAAGAGGCUGCGAUUGCUGCUCUCAAUCAGAUGAAUGGAAAGAUCAUUAAUGGGUGGAUGAUAACGGUUGAAGUCGCGAAAAACAAUCCGCCAAAAUAUAACCAAAGAAGCUUGGGAUGAACACACUAUCUUCUUCCCCCUUAAAGCCAGAGAUAUAGCAUUUUGGUUGUCUCGAGUUGGGGAUCUCUUGGAAACGUCUUCUCUUCUUCCUAGAAGGGGUAAGGUUUCUCAGUACACACCCUUCCCGGACCCCACUUUUCUGGGAUUCUAUCAGGUUUGCUUGGUGUUGUUGUUGAUAGUUUUUUUUCUUUUUUUGCCAUAGCCCCCCAAAUUUACAACCCCAAAUUUGUAAUCAUGAAAUGCUGUGUCUUGUAGCUGAAGAUAAUUGGUGGUCACUAUGGUUCAUAGGUCAAAUAUUCAAAUUGUCUUUUUUAUUUACUCCAUAAUUUGAUCAAAUAAUCACCCUGCUUCCAAGUAGGGGCAAGGUCUGCGUACACACACCCUCCCUAGACUCUACUGUAGUGGGAUC